GUCUUCUGCUACAUGAAAACGCGCAUUUGGACUUUGUUCAUUUAGUGCAGACUUUGUUCAUUUUGACUUCUUUGUCUUUGACUCUUUCUGUUUGUUGGGAAGAAUGGAGGACGACAGAUCAUUGACCGACCAUGUCGUGGGGAACAGAUCUACUAGCUCCAGUUCAGCACCCUCGGCAGAGAAAGGGGAAAUGGAGGAUGACAGAUCAUUGACCGACCAUGUUUCACAGGAUGGAGGAGCCAUGGAAACUGUACGUUCUCUGACUAAGUCGCUCGAAUUAGCGCCAAUGUUGGACGUAACGACACGUGAAUUCAGAUACUUCUUGCGCCUAUUGACCAGGAGAAUGACAAAUUGGACGGAGAUGGUAGUGGACAAAACCAUCCUCCACGCGUCGGACUUAGACCAACAUCUGGGAUACUGCGAAGCGGAAAACCCACUUGUUUUUAUGAAGAGGACUCAAGUGUGUUCUAUCUUUUGUUUAACGCCGUUCAUACUUCUUGGCUCUUAUCUCCUGCUUACCAGUUAUUAUCAUAGAAAUACUGUCAGACCACGUCUCUACGGUCAUCAUGGACGAUGGUAACCAGGACAAUUGCAUGCAUGAGGGCCAGAGGACUUGUGAGUAAGAAAAUUAUAGCGUUAAUACUUGAUUCUUUUUCCCGCCUCCAUCGAAGAUCUCAACCCUCACCUACAUUUACUCUCUACUCCCCAAUCCUCUUUCAUACUGUUGCAGAUCGGCGGCAACGAUCCUGAGAGUUGUGCCCGUGCUUCCGAGAUUGCGUGGCGACAGUAUGGGUACAAAGAGGUCAAUCUCAACGUGGGCUGUCCUUCCGACCGAGUCUCCGGAAAAGGCGAGUUUGGCGCAGUCUUGAUGCUGAAGAAAGAUAUCGUUUUCAAUGUGGUUUCUGCGAUCCGAGAAAGAUGUGGCGGCUUUGCUGGCGCAAAUCUUGACCAGGAAAGCACUUCUGGUGCUUCCCCUUCUUCU